GUUGAUACCCUCCUGCGUUGUUGUUACCUUCUUCUCCUGAAAUUCUUUCAUUAUCCUGCUACAUUUUCACCAUCCACAGAGGGCGAGAGGAAGAGAAAGAGCAAGAGAGCAAAAGAGCAAAAAUGUGCAAACCAGAAUUUCGAUCCUUCCUCAAGUCCUUGCCCAAAUGCGAGCAUCACAUGCACCUGGAAGGUGCUCUGACGCCUCACAUGCUGUUCAAGUUAGCAGCCAACAAAAUCUCGCUUCCGGCCGAAGAUCCAGCAUUCGCCUCCCCCGAGACUCUGCUGAAACGAUACAACGAAUUCACUUCUCUCGACGACUUUCUCCAUUACUACUACAUUGGCAUGAGCGUCCUUGUCACCGCGUCCGACUUCGAAAGCCUUGCGUGGGAUUACUUUGAGCAUGCUUCUGCGGACGGUGUAGCUCACGCCGAAGUCUUCUUUGACCCGCAAGCUCAUCUCUCCCGAGGAGUAUCCUACGACACCGUUCUUACUGGCUUCAAUGCAGCCCGCAAGCGUGCAAGUAUCGAGCUUGGCAUCACAAGCGAGUUGAUCUGCUGUUUCUUGCGACAUGUGCCCGUGCCCGAAUGCCUUGCCACUUUUGAUCUCCCCGAGGUGCAGGCCAGCUACCAGCGCGGUGAUAUUAUUGGGAUCGGCCUCGACUCGAGCGAGAUGAACUUCCCCCCGGAGAUGUUCCAGAACAUGUACCAGGGAGCGAAGGAGCUUGGUCUGCGGCGGACCGCGCAUGCAGGUGAAGAAGGCCCACCGGAAUAUAUCAGAAAUUCCUUGGAUCGCUUGGAUGUGCAACGGAUCGAUCACGGCAUUCGUCUCGCGGAGGAUCCUGAGCUUCUGGCGAGGGUGGCAUCAGCAGGGACGUUGUUGACAGUGUGCCCCAUGAGCAAUGUCCUCCUACGAUGUGUGACCGAGGUUGCAGAAGUUCCUAUCAGAAAGUUCUUGGACGCUGGCGUCAAGUUCUCGAUCAAUUCUGACGAUCCUGCUUACUUUGGCAAUAAUUACAUCUUGGACAAUUACGUCGCCGUGCAGGACGCAUUCGAGCUGACGGUGGCAGAGUGGAAGCAAAUCUGUCAGAACAGCAUCGAGGGAAGUUGGUGCCAACAAGCCAGGAAAGAUGAAAUGCUGUCACAGCUAGAGCAAGUGAUCAGCAACUGGGAAGCAGCAACAGCACAUCCGUGAAAAGCCGGGUGACAAAUAAUCAAUCUUGCCGUGAAAUGCGCCGACCUUUCUCGUUUGUACCUGUUCACAUCUCAGGUCAUACCUCAUCGGCCCCUUAGCCCUCUCGCUCUCUCUCUCUUCCUGUACUACAACAAACAAACAUUCGACUGCGCAUGUCGUUGUAAAGAAGAACAAGGGGAAAGGCCGACGGAACGAAACAAAACAUCCCCUCGCAAUCCCACGGCAAGCCGCAACACAUCAUACUCGCCUUUUCCACGGGAAAACGUCCCCCUAGUAAGGUCCAGUCCAGUCCAGUCCAGUCCAGUCCAUGGUCAAUCCAGUCUAUGGUCAGUCCGGUCCAUGGUCAGUCCAGUCCCAGUCCAGUCCAGUCCAUGGUCAGUCCAGUCCAUGGUCAGUCCAGUCCAUGGUCAGUCCAGUCCAUGGUCAGUCCAGUCCAUGGUCAGUCCAGUCCAUGUUCAUCCAUCUAUCCAUCCAACUCAUUCAAUC